AGCUGCCACCCCCUGCCCCUCCCCCCCCCCCCCGAAAUUCGGAGCGCGGUCAGAAUUUUACUGGCGGCGGCAGCAUCUGCAGGCCAGAGCCCCUGGGGGCAAGAGCCCUCGUGAAGGCCGUCGGUGGUUUUGGGUGACGGGAAAAUGGCGGAAAACAAAACGGAUUUCUCUUCCAUCCCUUUGCCGAAUUUACAUCACCGAGAAGCUAGGUCCUGAAUAAGCUAUGUUUAGAGGAGAUUGCUGAGAGUAACAUUUGUGUGUGUAAAGAAAACUUUUUCCCCCAAAGAAAAUAAUAUAGCUCAGAAGGAAAAAUAAAAAGAAAUUGCUGCAGAUUUUAUUUUACAAUGUAAGAAAAAUCUACAGUUUCUUCAAGACUCUAUAUUAAGGAAGCAGUCAUGUUUCAUGAGUCCUCAAAACUGUGAGACAAGAGAAUGUAGUAGAGGGAGCUCAGAAGUCCUUACUGACUCAAAGAACUCCCGGGAAACUGGGAUAGAACAUUUUACAUUAUAAGUAAAACCCCUGGAGCCAGAGGUGAAACACGUUUAUCUGCAGAGCUCCGCUGCAGGGCUGAUCUGGUUCUGGAAGAAAUGGAUGAGAGCCACUGGAUGAAAUUCACUAAUACUAGACACCUGAGUCCUCUAGUAAUAGAUUUGUGAAUGAACUUUGCUAAGUAUGGAUUCAGGUGGAGGAGGCAGUCUUGGAUUGUACACAUCAGACUCUAGAAUGGCCCAUACCAUGAUUAUGCAAGAUUUUGUGGCUGGAAUGGCUGGUACUGCGCAUAUCGAUGGAGACCAUAUUGUUGUUUCAGUUCCUGAGGCUGUAUUAGUUUCUGAUGUUGUCACAGAUGAUGGGAUAACUCUUGAUCAUGGCCUUGCAGCUGAAGUUGUUCAUGGGCCUGAUAUCAUCACUGAGACCGAUGUAGUAACAGAAGGUGUAAUUGUUCCUGAAGCUGUACUUGAAGCUGAUGUCGCUAUUGAAGAGGAUAUCGAGGAAGAUGAUGGUGAUCACAUCUUGACUUCUGAGCUAAUUACAGAAACCGUUAGAGUACCUGACCAGGUUUUUGUGGCUGACAUUGUUACUGGUCCUGAUGGACACUUAGAACAUGUGGUCCAAGAUUGUGUUUCAGGAGUUGACUCUCCCACAAUGGUAUCUGAGGAGGUUCUUGUAACUAAUUCAGAUACAGAAACUGUGAUUCAAACAGCUGGUGGUGUUCCUGGAUCUACAGUUACUAUUAAAACUGAAGAUGAUGAUGAUGAGGAAGAGGAGGAUGUCAAGAGCACUUCUGAAGACUACUUAAUGAUAUCAUUGGAUGAUGUUGGGGGAAAAUUGGAGCAUAUGGGGAACACACCAUUAAAAAUCGGCAGUGAUGGUUCACAAGAUGUUAAAGAAGAUGGAUUUGGUUCAGAAGUAAUAAAAGUGUAUAUAUUUAAAGCUGAGGCUGAAGAUGAUGUUGAAAUAGGUGGAACAGAAAUUGUCACAGAGAGUGAGUACACCAAUGGACAUUCUGUAGCUGGAGUGCUUGACCAGAGCCGAAUGCAACGGGAGAAGAUGGUUUACAUGGCGGUUAAAGAUUCUUCUCAAGAAGAAGAUGAUAUCAGUUGUGCUGAAAUAGCAGAUGAAGUUUAUAUGGAAGUCAUUGUAGGGGAAGAGGAAGGAACUUAUCUCCCUGAAACUGAUCUUGAGGACUCUGAUGUUAAUAAAACAAUUGCCCCUGUUGCCUGGGCUGUGGCAUAUGUUUUUAAUUAUUCUUUUUUUUUAGUAGAUGAAAGAAGAGUUUCAAGAAGGUAUGAAGAUUGUCAAGCAUCAGGAAAUACUUUGGACUCAACAUUAGAAAACAGAAGUAGUACAGCAGCACAGUACCUUCAAAUUUGUGAUAGCAUUAAUACAAAUAAAGUACUUAAACAAAAAGCCAAGAAGAGGAGAAGAGGAGAAAUGAGGCAGUGGCAAACAGCUGUUAUAAUAGGCCCUGAUGGACAGCCCUUGACAGUAUACCCUUGCCAUAUUUGCACAAAAAAGUUUAAAUCAAGGGGAUUCUUGAAAAGACACAUGAAGAAUCAUCCUGAUCAUUUGAUGAGAAAAAAAUAUCAGUGUACAGAUUGUGACUUUACAACUAACAAGAAAGUGAGUUUCCAUAACCACUUAGAAAGCCAUAAGCUUAUAAACAAAGUUGACAAAACCCAUGAAUUUACAGAAUAUACACGAAGAUACAGAGAGGCUAGUCCACUGAGUUCAAAUAAACUUAUACUAAGAGAUAAGGAGCCGAAGAUGCACAAAUGCAAAUACUGUGACUAUGAAACUGCAGAACAAGGACUAUUAAACAGACAUUUACUGGCUGUUCACAGCAAGAAUUUUCCACAUGUUUGCGUUGAGUGUGGGAAGGGCUUUCGACAUCCUUCUGAACUCAAAAAACACAUGAGAACCCAUACUGGUGAGAAGCCAUAUCAAUGUCAGUAUUGUGUUUUCAGGUGUGCAGAUCAAUCAAAUCUGAAAACUCACAUUAAGUCUAAGCAUGGUAACAAUUUGCCAUAUAAAUGUGAGCAUUGUCCCCAAGCAUUUGGUGAUGAAAGGGAGCUUCAACGCCAUCUGGACUUGUUUCAAGGACAUAAGACACACCAGUGUCCUCAUUGUGACCAUAAGAGCACCAACUCAAGUGACCUAAAGCGGCACAUCAUAUCUGUCCACACUAAGGAUUUUCCUCACAAAUGUGAGGUCUGUGAUAAAGGUUUCCAUCGUCCUUCUGAGCUCAAAAAGCAUAGUGAUAUCCAUAAGGGUAGGAAGAUUCAUCAGUGUAGGCACUGUGACUUUAAAACAUCAGAUCCAUUUAUUCUUAGUGGUCAUAUCCUUUCAGUUCAUACUAAGGAUCAGUCAUUGAAGUGUAAAAGGUGCAAGAGAGGGUUCAGACAACAAAACGAGCUUAAAAAGCAUAUGAAGACCCACACUGGAAGGAAGAUUUACCAAUGUGAGUAUUGUGAGUACAGUACAACAGAUGCAUCUGGCUUUAAACGACAUGUGAUAUCAAUACAUACAAAAGACUAUCCGCACAGGUGUGAAUUCUGCAAAAAGGGAUUCCGAAGACCAUCAGAAAAAAAUCAGCAUAUUAUGAGGCACCACAAGGAAGCUCUUAUGUAAUAAGACCAAUAUAAAGAAACAAACUCUGGAAAAUAUGAUAUGCCACAUGGCAGUAAAACUUCAUAAACUUUUUCAUCUGGUUACGAACUUGAUAUUAAAUCAUAACUUUACAUUCUUUGUAUUAAAAACAUUUGAAUUGACAAGGUAUCCCAUAACCCUUUGAAAAUUACUUAAAGAAUUUAAGACGUACCAUAGAAUGAUUGUAGAAAAACCUAUUAAGUGUCAAUUUAAUAGGAUUCUAUGCAUAAACUACAGAAGGGAAGAGCAAAGACGAUGACUUUAUUUGGCUGAUCAUACUAGAGACAUGAUUCUGAAAAAAAUCUUAUAUAAUUUAGGAGUUUAGCAAUGCUUUGCUAUGACAAACCUCACUUUUAUGCAAUUUUAGAAAUGGGGUGGGAAAUAAAAUGCAGUCAUCCAUCAGGCAUUUUGUCAUUGAGCCUUUUAUAUGGUACCUGGAAAUUGAAUUUCAGAAAUCUAAAAGUUUAUCUAUUCAUUAAAAUAACUUUCAUUGAAAAUCAGAUUAGAUUAAUUUCAAUAAUAUUAAAAAGAAUUUCAGAGCUGCUAAAAUUUUAUCACAGGAUAGGAUGUUUAAAAUAUAGCAUUCUGUGCUGAAGUCUAAGGAUUAAAGUUCCCUUUUUUAUGCUGUUUGAGUUGAUUAUUGUUCAGUAUGGCAGAUAUGACAAGCAUAUAUUUGAGUCAAAUAUGGCUUUCUAAAACGAAUGCAACCAGUAGUGUUGCAAAGUUAGCACUAUAUUUCUUAAUGAUCUAAAGAUUAAAUUGAGAGAACAGUUUUCUUAAAGAUGAUAAUGUUUAGUGGUUUUUUUUGUGUGUGUUUUUUUUAGGACAGCAAGUGUGAUGGUUCUAGCCUUACUUGCUCUAAUGUUUAAAGGUGCAAUUUUAUGCCAUUCUUGAAAAUUUUGAUUUUUAAAAUCUAUAUAUAUAUAUAUAUAUAUAUACAUAUAUAUAUAUAUAUAUAUACCAUAUAAUUAACAUGCAUUUUCAAUAUGAGGCAGUGUUUAUGCAAUAUUUAACAAAACACUGUGCUGCCAAUAGAAUUCAGAAGUGGAUAUUCAGUUUACAGUGUAUAAACUUAAAAUAUGCAUCCCUUUAACAACGCUUUGUGUUAGCAUGCUGGAAAUCAAAAUGGCGCUUAAUAUAAAAAGCUGGUUUAAGGAAAUUUAAUGAAAUUCUGUUCAUAAAUGUAUUGCAUAUGAUGUGUACUUUUAAGUUUUAGUUGCUUCAUGUUUAUACUCAGCUGUUCAACAUUAUUAAAAUGUAAUUUUACUUCAUGCUAUAUUGUGGCUUUGUAUUUCAACUAAUGUUCACCUUUCUGUUUUUGCACCAGAUAAGAAUCAGUUUCUUGAGAAUAAAUUUUUUAUCUUUCUUAACUUCAGAAUAUUAAAUUUGGAAAAUCUAAAAUUGUGUGUUAUGUGACUGUAAAUGAUGUACACGCUGUAAAAUAAGAUUGUCUCUGUUACGUGGGAUUAUUUCUAAAUGUUACUCAUUGAAAUGAGCAUACAAUAAAAAGCAUUUAUUGCACUUCAA